AUGGGGCAAUGUUUGAGGUACCAGAUGCACUGGGAGGACUUGGAAGAAUACCAGGCCUUGACCUUCUUGACCAGAAAUGAAAUCCUGUGCAUCCACGACUCCUUCCUGAAACUCUGUCCCCCUGGGAAGCACUACAAAGAAGCCACGCUGACCAUGGACCAGGUCAGCUCCCUGCCGGCCCUGCGGGUGAACCCUUUCAGAGACCGAAUCUGCAGAGUGUUCUCCCACAACGAUGUAUUCUCCUUUGAGGAUGUGCUGGGCAUGGCAUCUGUGUUCAGCGAGCAAGCCUGCCCCAGCCUGAAGAUCGAGUACGCCUUCCGCAUCUACGAUUUUAAUGAGAAUGGCUUCAUCGAUGAGGAGGACCUGCAGAGGAUCGUCCUCCGACUGCUCAACAGUGACGACGUGUCAGAAGACCUGCUGACCGACCUCAUCAGCCACGUCCUGAAUGAGUCGGAUCUGGACAAUGACAACAUGCUGUCUUUCUCAGAGUUUGAACACGCGAUGGCCAAAUCUCCAGACUUCAUGAACUCCUUUCGGAUUCACUUCUGGGGAUACUGAUGUGGCCACAAAUAUCUGAUCUGACAGCCUCGAGGUGGACCCCUGGAACUCGGAAUCUGAACCCUUCGGGCACCAGGGGAACUCUAAUUAGAAGAAUGACUUUGUCCCUGUCCCUUUCUCACUUCUAGAAUACUGUUCUUUCAAUAAAGCAAAAGGAAAG